GACGUGUCAAACCAGAAAAGAGCGUGCCGGUCGAUCCAAGGUGGUCUGCGGCUCAGGCGCACUGGGUCCGGCGUCGUCCAGAUGGAUCGCUUCGCUGGACAAGCACCUGAGCCCACGGGCGUGCUCGUGCCGGGCAUGGACGUGCUGGAGACUUGGCAGUUCUGCAGCCCCAUCAUCGACCAACUGUUGACAGCCCCGACUGCUCCACUCAACUAUGCGACCUACAUGGCAGUCUACACCGCACUUCACAACUGCAGACAGCAGGCACCGACCCAGGGCCAGUUCCUCUGGGGAGACUUCCCUCUUGGCCCGCUCGGCGAUCCCUUUGGCGCAGAGAGGCCCCUCUAUGGCUCGGGCGAUGUCAUCUUCCUGUGUCUCUGUAACAAGCUACAGCGCCACUGUCAUCGCGUCGCCCAUCAAGCUCGCACGCUGACUGGUGUGGCUCUGUUGCGCUACUACAUGACACAUUGGCAGAGUUAUACAUCCUCCACCAAGAAGCUUAGCAGUAUAUUCGCCUAUCUCGACCGGCACAGGGAACACCCGACGACAGAGAUGCACUCUGUCUCUGCCAAAGAGGCUGCUUAUAUGAAUUGGCUGCGGCUUGUCGUCGACGUCUUGCCAUUUGAUGAUAUACGACAAGAUCUUGGCGACGGCGUUGUUGACCCACAGGGCCGGCAGCUCAUCAACGACUGGCUCGACAGUCUCAACGAUAUUCGCAGGACCGUGGCUGGCGCGGCAAGACGGGUUGCUGCAAGCGAAGACUGAUCGCCCACUGUGCUUAUUUAUACUCAGUUGAUGUAUAGCCACGCAAGCCUUUGUUGUGCUAAGCCUGUAGAUCAGACAGAUUGCAUGUAUUAUACACUGCUGGUGCA